UCUCUGAUCGAAACUACGGAACGCAAUAAGGAAUUGGUCGAAGUGAAAAUCGAUGGCAAUACGGAUUUGAAAAUUACUAUGUUGGAGAUGACUCUAACUCAUCUGUACAUUUCGAUGACCUUCAAGAAAAUUCAGGUUUCACACAAAAAUCGUCGUGACAAAGCAGCAGUGGAUAAAAAAAUAUUGGAUGAGCUACAUGCAUCUGUGCAGCGUGCAAAUUUAAUCUUAUCAGAAUUCGUGAUGGGUCGCGAUGCGAAGCAUAUUGUCAGCUUUUCGGUCAAAACGAGCUCCGUGAGAUUCGAACGGAAGCAGUACUUGAAUAGUUCAGUGGAGAGCAAUGUGAAUGUGCUGGUUGGUGAUAUCGAGGGUGAUAUGCCCGUUCAUGCUCAGAAUCUCCACGAAGUGGUGCUGAGGAACGUGUCACAAUUGAACGAGCAGAUGACUCGCCUAGAAUACAGUGUCCCAACGGUUUGUUCAUUUUUCUAUCUAAGUCAUAAUUAUUUGUCUGUCAUUCGGCGAAACCUUUAG